AUGUCUCUCCAUCGUCAAUCAGCACCUAAAAACAACAAACAAAGUGAUGAAAAACAUCAUCAAUUCAGCACCUUCACCAUCUCUAGUGAGGAAGGUGAAAGACAAUUAGAACAACAACCUAAACAGUAUCCACAUCCCAUUCGACACGAGAGGUCACACAUCCCUUCAUUACAGAAUCAUCAAGGACAUGCUCAUCAAAUACCUUCAACGAUGGUUGGACAUUUACAUCAUGAUGUGCAUGGGACAACUUCAAGAUUCCACCACCAUGUUGCCACUGGAAGCCAUUAUGGGAGAGAUACAUGUCACUCAUAUGAAGCUCAUCAACAACAACAGCUGCUACCAACAUCAAUGCCUCUUCAUCAACAAGAUUAUACCAUGCAACAACAUCAACAACUACCAACGCCACCAAUCACAUCUAUAUGUACAUCACUUCAAAGAAGUAGUCAUACAAACUCACAAAAGAGAAAAAUCUCUCCUUCUCUAACUCUUGCAUGCAGCGAAGAAUCCAUGAAUGCUUAUUGUAGUUUUGAUGAAAAUGCUGAACAUGCUCAACAAUAUCAUUAUCAACCACAAAUAGUUAUGGAGCCAUCUAUUGAAUUAGGUCCUCUAAGUGAUGUGAGCAAAUUAUUUUCGAAUGCAUCUAUGCAUUCAGUUGGGAGGAAUAACGCAGCAUGCAGUAGACUUGUUUCUUCUUCAUCAAUAUCUAGGCCAAAUGCAUUCUCUCAACACGAAUUAUUGCAUUCAUUUAAUAAUAACAAUAUCAGUAAUUCUUUCUCUUCUUCAUUAAGAAAUAAUUAUGAUGAUCAUGCACAUGUGGCAAGUAAUUUGGGUACAUAUAACCGCAAUAAUUAUAAUGAACCUCCGAAUGCAUCAGAAGAAUUAUUAACAUCCCUAACAAGAGCCACCACAAAUUCAUCUCUCACCUCUUUUAAACCUCGAGGAAAAUUAGAAAUUUCAAGCAUGCAUGAUCAUCCUCCUGAUGGAAUUCAUUCGACUUUUCUGCAAAAACCUCAAUUAAUUUCCAAUGAUAAUAACAACGAUCUGAUCGCUCACAGUGGUCUAGCUCCAAAAAUUCCAUCCCGUGAGGAUUCAUCCAACAACACUCAUCAUCCCAUUCAUUCAUUCUCGUCCUCGUCCUCAGUAUUACUAGUCGAUCCGACAAUAACCUCACCUCAAACAAUCAUCACCUCAAAUUCUUCUUUCUUUCCCUCAGAUUGUUCUUUACAGUUGAGAUCACGUGGACCAACUGAAAUUUUGAGGAACUCACAAUAUAAUAUAAUUCCUACAAUCCCUAAUGAACGAUCACAACAACAACCAACACCACAUACUUUCGCAUGCACUCAAACUGGCUCUGUGAGGAGUGCAUCCUUAAUGUUGCAGAGAGAGGAUCUCCUCCGAGAUGAGCCACUUGGUGGAGAAGAGGAAAUUAAUACUAUCAUUCAAUCUUGCCAGGAAGGUUCAAAUUUCCAAGUGGAUUCUCUUCCCUCUGUUAUGUUCAAUAAGAAUUCAUCAUCUUGCUCAUCUUCAUGUUCCUCGUCUACUUCAUCGUCACACGAGAGAAAGCCUCAAUCGACCUCAAUUACAACAUGUUCUAGAUCUGCAUCGAAUUCUACUACUUCAUCAACGAUCAUGAUGACCAACUUUUCAACACCAACGAAUCAAGAAGUACCAUUCUCCCAGAAUAAGGAACAACAAUUUCAACCACCACAUUCCUUUUCAGAAUGGACUACUUCAUGUCACAAACUUCGUUCAAAACGAGCCAAACGCAAGGACAGUCAGAACAUUUUCCAUGUGACUUUCCAUGAAGGAAGAGAUCCUCCACAACUGCGUUUUCAAGACAUGAAUCAAUCUUCUCUGCCUCCCACACAUUCCACUCGCAACAGUCGGAAGAGAACUUCUUUUAGACAUGACAAAAUGACCCUGAAUCAAGCAAGAGAUUUGCCUCCAUCAAUUUCUAACAGACACUUUUCCCCACCUGGCCUUUCUCUCGCCACUCCAUCCUCUUCCAAUGCCACUGCAGUGACAUCCAAGAGCUCCAACAGUACACCUUCCACCUCAACCCCAGAAAACAUCACUUCGACCACUGUUGGAACUGCUAGUGAUUCAGCCAUUGCUCCUACGGACCUAGGUUCUCCCAUUGUGCUGGAUCUAUCCAAUGUACCAAAGCUGUCGACAGGUGGCUCCUUCUAUCAACAAGCACCUCCACCCAGAAAGAAGAUUAAGAAUUUUGUGAACGACGGACCUUGGUCGAGUGAAGAACACGAGAGAUUUAUGGAAGGAUAUCGAGUUUGUGGGCAGAAUUGGAGAGCCAUCAGCGAGAAGUAUGUCAAAUCGAGGACUCGUGUGCAGGUACAUGCUCAUGCCAUGAAAGUUUUGAAAAACAUUAAACCAAGUCAAGAAGGGUCUUCUUCCUCCUCCCAUACUGUUAAAUAA